GAGAAGUUGAGACAGUCAGUCUGGAGUAAGUCUCAACUACGAUGGAUGCAGUACCCUAUUCUCUCGUGUUAAUAGUCCUGUUAUUUGGGACUAUGAUUCAAGAAAAUUAUGCCCUGCAGUGCUAUUGCCAGCGCUGUCUCAACUCUACGUGCACCACGGACGGUCUGUGCUUCGUGACGGUCAUGAAGUCUGGCAGCCGGCUCACCACCGAGCGCAGCAUGUGCGUGCACGAGAGCGAACUGAUCCCCCGCGACCGCCCCUUCAUCUGCGCGCCCUCCACCAAGGACGACACAGGCAUCUACCCAAUGUGCUGCGCCUCCGACUGGUGCAACAAGAACCCCAACCUCAGCGUCUUCCCAGUGCCGACGGUGAAGCCGGUUCCUCUGGGGCCUGUGGUUCUGGCGGCAGUGAUCGCGGGGCCCGUGUGCGUGCUGUGCUUCGUGCUGGUGCUGGUCUUCUACGUUUGCCACAGCCGGGUGGGUGUGCAUCAACGCGUGCCCAACGAGGAGGAUCCCUCCAUGGAUCACCCCUUCCUCACCGUGGGUUCCACUCUCAAAGACCUCAUCUACGACAUGACCACCUCUGGCUCCGGCUCUGGUCUGCCCCUACUGGUACAGAGGACCAUAGCCCGGACCAUCAUCCUCCAGGAGAGCAUCGGGAAGGGCCGCUUCGGCGAGGUGUGGCGGGGCAAGUGGCGAGGCGAGGAGGUGGCGGUCAAGAUUUUCUCCUCCCGCGAGGAACGUUCGUGGUUCCGUGAGGCCGAGAUCUACCAGACGGUCAUGCUGCGUCACGAAAACAUCCUGGGCUUCAUCGCCGCCGACAACAAAGAUAACGGGACAUGGACCCAGCUGUGGCUGGUGUCAGACUACCACGAGCACGGCUCUCUGUUUGACUAUCUGAACCGCUACACAGUCACCGUGGAGGGCAUGAUCAAACUGUCACUGUCCACCGCCAGCGGUCUGGCCCACCUCCACAUGGAGAUCGUUGGCACGCAAGGGAAGCCGGCCAUCGCCCACAGGGAUCUGAAAUCUAAGAACAUCCUGGUGAAGAAGAACGGGACUUGCUGCAUUGCCGACCUGGGCUUGGCCGUGCGCCACGACUCCGCCACCGACACCAUCGACAUCGCCCCCAACCACAGAGUGGGGACCAAAAGGUAUAUGGCACCAGAGGUGCUAGACGACUCGAUAAACAUGAAGCAUUUUGAGUCGUUUAAGAGGGCAGAUAUCUACGCCAUGGGCUUGGUUUUCUGGGAGAUAGCCAGUCGAUGCUCUCUGGCAGGCAUCGUUGAAGACUACCAGCUGCCAUACCAUGACCUGGUGCAGUCAGACCCUUCUGUGGAGGAGAUGAGGCGGGUGGUGUGUGAUCAGAAGCUACGACCCAACAUUCCAAACAGGUGGCAGAGCUGUGAGGCUCUGCGGGUGAUGGCUAAGAUCAUGAGGGAGUGCUGGUACGCCAACGGAGCCGCCCGCCUCACAGCGCUGCGCAUCAAGAAGACCCUGUCCCAGCUCAGCCAAUCAGAGGGCAUCAAGAUGUAGACAUUUCCUUUAGUCUUAUUAUAUUAUUCUGAAUAUUAUUAUUUUCAUCGUCAUCAUUGGUUCUCUUCGGGCUGCUCCUCCUCUUGGUUUCAAAGGGGAGGCGAUGCAGCGUGGUGAAGUUUUACUCUGAUACCCCCUAACCCCUCUCUAAACGCGGUCAUCCUUAUAUUUGUCGCCGUGCCGACCGGCGCGAUUUUAUGUCUCUCAGAGUUGGAUGGAUCUGAUGGAGGGAUGUUGUCAGAGUUGUGUUUUUUUUUUUUUUUUUUUUGGAGAGAAGUGGUAUGGCUGGGUGCUAAAGCUGUCCCCACUACACACCACCACCAACCUGUGUCAGUUCAGACACCCACCCCCUGUACUCACGAUUGGUGGGAUCUCCUCACCCAGUGCUCGUGAAGGACCUAUAACAGUGAUUACAGACAGCCGUAGUCCCGCCCUGCCACAAACACAUCUGCAAACCGGUGGAAAGGAUCAUCAAAACACCACCCAGAAACCCCCAGGUUUCAUGACUGCUGGUCGUAACAUUCAGGUGUCAAUGCCUCCAUUCAAACAACACAUGUUACAUUCUGACACUAGCUGUGGUGGCUCGGACUCGACGAGAGAAAAAGACUGAAGCAAUAAACUUCAGUUUUAUUUAGGACCAUCUGGUACUUGUUAACAAUCGUUUUAUUGUAGUUAUUUGUGUGUGUUUCCAUGGAGAGGUGCUGUGGACUCGUGUCCAGAGCAUGUCACACCAUGUGUUUCUCCCUCUUUUCUCCAUGUAUCACUGUACCAAGGGACUACAGGUCUGUUUAACUUAUUUGCUUAGAUUGUUUGCAAAAAAAAAACAACUGGACAUGACCUCAUUCAGUCUCCAACCAACUGGACAUGACCUCAUUCAGUCUCCAACCAACUGGACAUGAUCUCAUUCAGUCUCCAACCAACUGGACAUGACCUCAUUCAGUCUCCAGCCAACUGGACAUGACCUCAUUCAGUCUCCAACCAGCCGGACAUGACCUCAUUCAGUCUCCAACCAGCCGGACAUGACCUCAUUCAGUCUCCAACCAACUGGACAUGACCUCAUUCAGUCUCCAACCAACUGGACAUGACCUCAUUCAGUCUCCAGCCAACUGGACAUGACCUCAUUCAGUCUCCAACCAGCCGGACAUGACCUCAUUCAGUCUCCAACCAGCCGGACAUGACCUCAUUCAGUCUCCAACCAGCCGGACAUGACCUCAUUCAGUCUCCAACCAACUGGACAUGACCUCAUUCAGUCUCCAACCAACUGGACAUGACCUCAUUCAGUCUCCAACCAACUGGACAUGACCUCAUUCAGUCUUGGCGAACAUGCUAUGACAUAUGCAAUAUAGAUAGUGUAUCUAUUUUAUAUAAUCUGUUCUGCUGCUACUACAACGUCAACUACAACAGCUCGACAGUCACCGCCAUGCCUUCCAAGCCAGGUGUUAACUGGUGCCACUGCUUUAAACCUACCCCUUCAACCCUCAUGUUGGUUUGUGUCUGUGUGAGAUUGUAUGGCGUAUUGACAGAGGCCCUCAGCUGGAGGAGCAGCAUGGAGUAAACCCUCUCAGAGCUGGAGGAGCAGCAUGGAGUUAACCCUCUCAGAGCUGGAGGAGCAUCAUGGAGUAAACCCUCUCAGAGCUGGAGGAGCAGCAUGGAGUAAACCCUCUCAGAGCUGGAGGAGCAGCAUGGAGUAAACCCUCUCAGAGCUGGAGGAGCAGCAUGGAGUAAACCCUCUCAGAGCUGGAGGAGCAGCAUGGAGUAAACCCUCUCAGAGCUGGAGGAGCAGCAUGGAGUUAACCCUCUCAGAGCUGGAGGAGCAGCAUGGAGUAAACCCUCUCAGAGCUGGAGGAGCAGCAUGGAGUAAACCCUCAGAGAGCUGGAGGAGCAGCAUGGAGUAAACCCUCUCAGAGCUGGAGGAGCAGCAUGGAGUAAACCCUCUCAGAGAGAUGGAGGAGCAGCAUGGAGUAAACCCUCUCAGAGCUGGAGGAGCAGCAUGGAGUAAACCCUCUCAGAGAGCUGGAGGAGCAUCAUGGAGUAAACCCUCUCAGAGCUGGAGGAGCAGCAUGGAGUAAACUCUCUCAGAGCUGGAGGAGCAUCAUGGAAUAAACCCUCCUAUGCAAAUGGUAGGACGUGACCUCGCCAUGCUGCCUAGGGCAGCCACAACACCAACUUGUUGGUGCCAUCUACUCAAGGGGUCUCUCUCCCUUCCCGUCUUCUCUCUGUCUCUUUCUCUCUACUCUGUAUGGCAAAGCUAUGACUCACCGAAUACCAGACUGAUAGGGGUGCUAGUACUACCCACUGGACUACACUAAGACCCCCCUCCAAGGUGGCUUUAAGGAAGAAGGAAACAACUACUCAUUACUGGAGUUGUUCUAUAAUCAUGCAUUGUUGGAUUUCACUUUGUUUCCGUCUUUGUGUUGUUUCACAGUGUGUGACGGCACAUGUCUCUUCAAAGACUGAACGAGGUGAGGUACAUUCAUUUAAAUAUAGAAAAUAGAUGUUUACUAAGCCAUAGGUUUCCAAUGGUUUUUUUUUGUUUGUUUUUUGUGGCAACUUUUUCUACUACUUAUAAGAAUGUACGUUUACGGAGGAUAAACGACAUGGUAUCACUGUGUGAACUGCUUGACAUUUCAGCUUAGCAAGCCGUAAGGGACCAAUGGAGAGAGUCAGAAUCCUGUUAUGUAAAAAGUAAGAUUUUAUAAAUAAUUAUACUAUUAUAAAGUAGGGUCAAUGUUCUAUAUAAAGGAAUUACAAGUCAAUGUAGCAGCAGAUGUAAUAAGUAAUGUUUUGGUUUGUAUUUGUAAGAUAUCCUAUUGCCACACGCCUAAACCUGCAAGCUGCCUGUUUAUACCAAUUUGGAUUGUGUUCGUUUUGGUAUGUCCACAGUCUUGAUGUCAUUCGAGUUUCUUGCUCUAUUUCAGCAUGUUUUUUUUAAAUACGGUACCGCAAACCAUCACAAUAGAAAGACAAUGGAGCCCAAAAAUAUAUCUGAUUGUUUGUCUACAAGUGUACUUCUUCUGACCGACGUGCAGGUUUACCUGUGUGGCCAUCAGGUUGUUUUGAGUUUCUUAUUUUUAAUGUGUUCUUCUUUUGAAUGCCUCUUGAACAGUCUGCUGUUUGGAUGCAUUCUAUGUAUCUAUCUGUGUUACUACAAAACGUCUGACUCUGUUCUGUAACCAGGGGAGGUCAGAGACACUCUGUUCUGUAACCAGGGGAGGUCAGAGACACUCUGUUCUGUAACCAGGGGAGGCCAGAGACACUCUGUUCUGUAACCAGGGGAGGUCAGAGACACUCUGUUCUGUAACCAGGGGAGGUCAGAGACACUCUGUUCUGUAACCAGGGGAGGUCAGAGACACUCUGUUCUGUUCUGAAACCAGGGGAGGUCAGAGACACUCUGUUCUGUUCUGAAACCAGGGGAGGUCAGAGACACUCUGUUCUGUUCUGAAACCAGGGGAGGCCAGAGACACUCUGUUCUGAAACCAGACGAGAUCAGAGGUCAUAACAUUACAACAUAUCACAUGCCUCUUGUCAACUCUGUACCAUGAUGCUUUUGUCUCUACAUGACUAUUCACUGUUGGUGUUCCCCAAGGGUGAGUGCAGGGACUUCUCUCUCUGUCUCCUUGUCUCUCUGUUUCUCUCUGUCUCCGUGUGUGUGUGUGUGUGUGUGCGCAUCAGGUCCGUCUUCGUCUGUAAUGCUGGUAACCCUCCUCCUCUAGAUAAGUGCAGACGUAGUCAUUUUAAGUGUUUCCUUGUUAUGUCUGAUUAGCUUCAGGAACGGAAGAUCGUCUUUACAUUGAGUUGAACAGAAAGAAAACCGCCUCUUUUCAUACGGAAUGAUUUAUAUGCUGUGUCACACGGGUGUGAAUGGUUCCUUGGUACGUGUAAAUAUCUAGAUAUAUCUAUUGUAUUAUUGGCUGGGAGCUUUGUCUUGCACAGUUGGUCAGCAUAAAAAAUAAUGAACAAAAACCGUGAAAUCUAUCAUAAUAUUAACAGAGACUAACGGAUAUUGCUGCUAUGAUACAUGGCGAACAAAACGAGAAAGAAAAAUAGCUGAAAUUUCAUCAUGCUGAAUUUAGUGCGUGUGUGUGCGUGUGUGUGCGUGUGUGUGCGUGUGUGUGCGUGUGUGUGUGUGUGUGUGUGUGUGUGUGCUGGAUCUCCGACAGUGUGGGACAUCUCUGGGACAUUACAACAACGGCAAAAGUUCAGCUGACUACUACUUCUCUAUCUAUGCCUCCGUCGUCAACACUGGGCCAACGUUCAUUCUGUAUCCUACCAACAUUUCUCUUAAAAAUCACCAGCAGCCUUUCUUUUGGUUUUCAAAAUCAAAUGUGACUUCUUCUUGCGGUGACUGUAAAAAACACAUUACUCAUCCAGGUAUUCCUGUUUCUCAGUGAUAUGCAGGGCAAUUUUCCCUUGAAACAAGGUUCACCCUACAGGUUAACAGAAAAAAACAACCAUAUCUUUUGCACCUCUGGUUUCAUCAAAAAUGGGUUGACACAAUUAGUCGCAGCUUUCCAAACCUUUCUGUGCCUUCAUUCUGCUCAAGUUCCACCCAGACAUUGUAAUAGAAACACUAGUUAGGAGGUCCCAGGCAGCAGACGGCCAGGGGGUGCCAGGCAGCAGACGGCCAGGGAGUGCCAGGCAGCAGACGGCCAGGGGGUGCCAGGCAGCAGACGGCCAGGGGGUGCCAGGCAGCAGACGGCCAGGGGGUGCCAGGCAGCAGACGGCCAGGGGGUGCCAGGCAGCAGACGGCCAGGGGGUGCCAGGCAGCAGGCGGCCAGGGUGUGCCAGGCAGCAGACGGUUAAGAGGUGAAGGGUUGAGGAGGGAGGGUGUGAGGGUUGUUGGCUGUAUGUGCCCUUUUGUGACCCAAACCAACGAUAUGAUCUGGUAAUUAUAUAACUAGCAGGCGAAUGAUGUUGAGGGCACUGCUGGAUAUGCAGUCUGCUCAGACAAACACAGUACUGUUGCACCGAGCGAGGAUCAACACUAAUUAACCAAGCUGAGUUUGCUAUUGUGUGAUCUAAUUGAGGCCAGGGAGACAUGCCAAUGUUGCCAGCUACGCCAAGCUUCUUCUAUUUUUCAGUUUUUAGAGCACUGAAACUAAAUUCCGAUGGCUCCACCUUCCCCGAUAGGCCGCAAACCAGAGCACAAUUUGCAUAAUCUCUUCAAAGGUCAUGCAUAUGCCCAGUUGGUAAAAUCGCAACUGGUUCCUAUGUUUGGGUCAUAGUUUUACCAAUCUUUCUAUCAACGCUAAUAUCCAGACACUGUGAAGAAUACCGGGGGGGGGGGGAGCAGUAGUGUCAGAAAGAGCAGGCAUUAUCAUUCUAGAGAUACUUUACGACUGCCAAUUAAUAACCAGAGAAAGGAAAGCGAUAGUUGGUGUCACGAAAGGGCCCUGCUUGCUAAAUGAACAGCCGACCGUUCGACUCCUGUUCUGUGUGCCUGCUGUAGUGAGACCAUUGUGCUUUAUCCUGUUUUUAUACGGUGCCUGCAGUUGGUUGGACUAUGCUCUCUUAUUGGUUCUUACAAGCUGCAUGUGAUUUGUGUUCGAAUGUCAGCGUCACUUUAUAAAUAAAAUAUUAAAAAGCUGAAGAAAAAUAAACUGUAGUUAACAGGAUAUAACAAGGUCAUAACCUAAGGAAAAUACCUCCUAAAGAGCAAUGUGUUUUUACCUCGGGUGUAUAUAGUCGAUUUGUUUACUCCAAAGUUCGCAAUUUUUGUUUCUAUGAAAUGCUAAAUUGAAUACACAUUUGUAAAUGGUACCUUUUUUUUGUCAAUGGUAAUUGUGUUUUGUGGUGUUCCCAAGUAGUAUAUUCCUCUAGUUACCAUUAUGUGUAUUUUGGCUUUUUAUGGUCUGUCCCCAAAUGUAAAUGCUUUACCAACGUCAAAAACUAGUCUUCUUUCCAAGCCCCAUCUGAGCUGUGUUGAUAAUGUCUUGUAGGAGGCUACGAGGAGAGAUGUCGAAGACCCUCAAAACCAUUACAGAAUCGCCUGUGUCCCCCCUUCGGAUUUAUUUCUAAACCACAUGUAUUAGAAUUUUUCAUAACGUGCUACAGGAGAAUGAACACUCAACAUAGGAAAGUAGCGGACUGACGUUUCAGUUCCAACAUAGUUGAAGUGAAAAAUGGUGCGAAUAAAAUAAAAAGUUUGUGUAAA